UAUGGCUCCAGCCCGUUGGCAAUGCUGACUGCAGCCUGCAGCAAGUUUGGCAGCUCCAGUGCUCUUCCAGACUCAGCUACUGCAAGCAAAGCAGGUGCAAAGAAGUCGUACCCUCCGGGCAGUGAACUUUCUGCCUCCAAAACCAUGGGCGACGCUUAUCCAGCUCCGUUUGCAGGCACCAAUGGCCUCCUUUCCUCCACAGCCAGUCCUCCUGCCCCAGCUUCAGGUUAUACCAAUGACUAUACCCCUUUCUCUCACUCUUUCCCCGGACCCACAAGCACCCAGGACCCUGGGCUACUGGUGCCCAAGGGACAUGGCUCUCCCGACUGCCUACCCAGUGUCUACACUUCCCUGGACAUGACACACCCUUAUGGCUCAUGGUAUAAGGCAGGAAUUCAUGCGGGCAUCUCCCCUGGCCCUGGCAACACCCCUACCCCGUGGUGGGACAUGCACCCAGGGGGCAACUGGCUAGGUGGUGGGCAAAGCCAGAGUGAUGGGUUGCAAGGGACGCUCUCCACGGGCCCAACUCAAACUCCACUCAACCCCCAGCUACCCACCUACCCUUCUGAAUUUGCUCCACUCAACCCUGCCCCCUACCCAGCUCCCCACCUUCUCCCUCCUGGGCCCCAACAUGUCCUGCCCCAGGAUGUCUACAAACCUAAGGCUGUGGGCAACGGGGGGCAGAUAGAAGGAGGUGGCGGGAAUAAGCCUUCUCGGGGUGCAGGUACAGGAGGGAGUGGGGCCUAUGGGGGUGGGGGCGCUGGGCGGUCCACGUGUGAUUGCCCUAACUGCCAAGAGCUAGAGCGGUUAGGGGCAGCUGCUGCAGGGCUGAGGAAGAAGCCCAUCCAUAGCUGCCAUAUUCCUGGCUGCGGCAAAGUCUAUGGAAAAGCUUCACAUCUGAAGGCCCACCUUCGCUGGCACACAGGAGAGAGGCCCUUUGUCUGCAACUGGCUUUUUUGUGGCAAGAGGUUCACCCGAUCAGAUGAAUUGGAACGGCACGUCCGCACUCACACCCGAGAGAAGAAAUUUACCUGCCUGCUUUGCUCAAAGAGAUUCACCCGAAGUGAUCACCUGAGCAAACAUCAGCGCACCCAUGGCGAGCCCGGUCCUGGGCCCCCUUCUUCCGGCCCCAAAGAACUGGGGGAGGUUCGGGGAGCAGAGGAGGAAGGCACUCAGGCCUCGAGGCCAACAGCUUCACCCAUACCGUCUGAGAAAGCCCCAGGAGGCAGCCCGGAGCAAAGCAGUCUGCUGGAGAUUUGAAUGAAAAGGGCCCUACCCAGCUGCCCAUACUCUGUAGCUUGCCUUAGUCCCUUUCCCCAUUGCUGGUCCCUUACUUCCCUUGCUACCUCUUCUGUUUUCCCUUAUUUGCUCACCACACUCCCCAACCUCAAACCCAAUGUCAGUGAUCCAAGGUGUCCCCGAGCUCUUAAUUUGUCCUCCAUUUCCUCUUACUCUACUCCAUCUAGUAUUGACAUAUUCUGUAAGUGGUUCCUCCCAAGUAGUUUACUCUUUCUUCUUCUCCCUCAUUUUAACCUUGGUUUUCCUUCAUUCCUCCAAACUCACCAUUUGUCUCGAAUCUCACUGUCCUUUCUUUUAUCCUCCCUUCCAGUAUUGCCCCAUUCUUUCCCCUACAUUAUCCCCACCAAAUUCCUUAUCCUAGCUUACCAAACUGUAGUCGGUGGCUCUCCCCAGCCUGAAUUUCUUCUGGUCUCCCACCUGAAUUUCCAUACAUUCACUUACAGUGGGAGAUUAACCAGGGGCCUAUGAUCAAUUGAGUCUUCUACAGGGGUUGAACAGGGAUCCAUUCAUUCCAUCUAAUCUCUUAUUAAUUCAUUCAGCUAAUGUCUAUUUGGGCACCUACUAUGAGUGUGGUAUUGUGUUAGGUGCUUCUGCUUGGUCCUCUAAUCUCUGAUUUGUAUGUUUCUAAAGUGUUUCCUUCUUUAAAACUUUGGCAUUAUCAACUCAAGUUCCUCCCCCCUUUUUUCCCCAUUUCUCCUUAAUUCCAUCUGCCAUUCCCUAUACUCUUCCAAUCUUUUGCUCCAUUUCUUCACUUUCACAACUUUUCCCCCUUUUAUAAACACAAUAAUAAUAAUGAUAAUUUAUUGUCCCCUGGGUGCCCCUCUUUAGGAGCAAGAACCUAGGAGGUGGGAUUAAUUGCCUAAUAGGGAGUGGGAUGGGGACCAAUCCCAGUGGUGGGGUGACCUCCAAAAUGAGGGAAGCUGCUGCCAAGCCUAUGCAUAUUAAACCCACCCUGUGAAUGGAGAAUAAUGAAUAGUGAUAAUUAAUAAUAAUUCUAUUUAUCUAAGUUAUGAUGACGGGUCAGGCAGUACUAGACCAGGGAUAAGUAAGGGUCUGCCUCUGCUAAGGGAGAGCCCAGUAGCAAGAGUCUUUGCUUCCAGAUGGGUUGACUACAUUGAUCUCUCUCUCUCUCUCUCUCUGUCUCUCUCUCUCUCUCUCUCCUAACAGUCUCCAGUCAGUGGGGACUUUGCUAAU